UCGACUAUUAUGCGCAUGCAGCCCAGUUGGAAACCCCGAGACAUUUAUAGGACCGAAGGCAUCGCCAUGAGACCAGGAUUGCCAGGGCAGAAAGGCGACGCAGGCCUUCCAGGAAGUCCAGGACCAAAAGGAGAGACAGGUAUCGCCGGUGCCAAAGGUAGCAAAGGCGAACCAGGGCACAAGGGCGGAAAAGGCGAUCACGGGAAAGAAGGUUCUCGAGGAAUUCAGGGAUUCAAAGGUGAACCUGGUGCUCCGGGAGCACCGGGGCUUCCUGGCGCACCAGGUGAGAAUGGAAGACCGGCCGAGAAGGGUGACAAAGGAGACACAGGACCAGAAGGGAAACCAGGACCUCCGGGAACACCUGGACCACCAGGCAUGCCUGGAUUAAGCGGUCCUGGAGGAGUGAACGUCGCUGAGUCAAUGUUAAGGGAAAAGGGCGACAAGGGCGAAGGUGGUGCACGAGGAUACAAAGGAGACAAGGGCACGAAAGGCGAGAAGGGAGAUAAAGGUGAUUCCGGACCAGCCGGAAUUCCUGGUGUGAAUGGCGUUCAAGGACCUCAAGGAAACAAAGGCGAGCCAGGCAAGGACGGAGUUGCAGGAGUGCAGGGAUUGGCGGGUGCAAAGGGCGACAAAGGUGAGAGAGGUCCGCCAGGAGCUACAGCUAUAGCCAGCUCCGGAGACUACAUCACCAUCAAGGGUGAAAAGGGUGCGGAGGGGAAGAGGGGCAGAAGAGGACGCCCUGGACCUCCCGGUCCACCUGGGAAGCAGGGAGCCACUGGAGAAAUUGGGUUACCUGGAUGGGUGAACGCCAUGAAAGGUCGUCCUGGAACGCCCGGACUUCCUGGACCUGUUGGACCACUGGGACCCAAGGGAGAAAAAGGGGAGCCUGCCACACCUAACCCUUAUGGAGUUUCUGUCGGCAUAAAAGGCGAUAAGGGAGACGACGGAUUCCCUGGAAUAUCGGGACAGCCUGGGAGAGACGGUCAAAGAGGACCUCCAGGACCUCCAGGACCUCCAGGACCACCUGGACCACCGUCUCAGGGAAAUUAUAUCCCAGUUCCAGGUCCUCCAGGACCUCCAGGACCACCAGGAUCACCUGGACCAUCUAUAAGUGGUCAGAACGUUAAACCAGGAAUCGUCAGAAGUUAUAUCCAUGGUGAAAGAGACUAUUACGGUGUUAGACAAGAAAAAAAUCCACGAAAUGUUCUGUUUCCUACGCUGCAAGGACCCAGAACUAGUCUAGACGAACUGAAGGCUCUGCAAGAACUAAAACAAUUGAGGGAACUAAAGGAGCAUUUAGGUGCUGCAACCACUGCGACCAGAGGACAUCUGGAAAGCACGACCAAGAUCGUACCAGGAGCAGUGACAUUCCAAAAUACCGAAGCCAUGACGAAGAUGUCUGCUGUGAGCCCAGUUGGAACAUUAGCUUAUAUCAUAGACGAACAAGCGCUGCUCGUCAGAGUGAACAAUGGCUGGCAAUACAUUGCAUUGGGCUCGCUUUUACCAAUAACUACACCCGCACCACCGACCACGUCACCGCCUCCAGCGAAUCCACCUUUCGAGGCUUCCAACCUGAUCAACCAGAUACCCAUAAAAGCAGACGGAACGGGGUGGUAUCCACGAAUGCUACGAAUGGCUGCUUUGAACGAACCAUUUACCGGAGACAUGCACGGUAUACGAGGAGCUGACUAUGCUUGUUAUCGACAAGCAAAGCGAGCUGGUUUGAGGGCUACGUUCCGCGCAUUCCUUAGCUCCAGGGUUCAAAAUGUUGACAGCAUCGUGAAACUUGCAGACCGGGAAUUACCUAUCGUUAAUAUAAAGGGAGAUGUUCUUUUCAAUUCCUGGAAGGAGAUGUUUAACGGAAAUGGAGCCUACUUCUCACAAAACCCAAGAAUCUAUAGCUUCAAUGGAAAGAACAUCCUCACCGACUUUGCAUGGCCAGAAAAGGUUGCAUGGCACGGAUCACACAAAUUAGGAGACCGAGCAAUGGACACGUAUUGCGACGCUUGGCAUUCAAGCAGUUCAGAUCGUUACGGAUUAGGAUCACCGUUAACAGGAGGACGUCUCUUGGAACAAGUUCGUUAUUCCUGCGACAACAAGUUCGCGCUACUUUGUAUAGAAGUAACCAGCGAGACCACAAGAAGGAGGAGAAGCGUUGAUGUUGUAGAGGACGAGGACGAAAUGUCGGAGAACGAUUACAAGGAGUACUUGGAUUCUCUGAUGGAAAACUAACCCUUCUACCGUUCUUCUGCCUGCCUUUUUAUUCCUCUUCCCCCCGCUCUCUCUCUCACUCUUUUCCUCUUAACCUCUCUU